CCACACAUUUUUGACGCCACAGCGAGUUUCUCCUUCCUUCCUCGCACGUACGUUUCCUGCCAAAUUUCUCACAGUUUUACCUUCACAGCAGAAUGGCCAGUCCGUCAGAAGCCAGACAUCGCGCCCUGUACAAGGCGGGGACGUCCCCGUGGCGAGAUUCGUUCCGGAGACGCUGCCUGGACCGACUGAAGUCGAGCCGAGCGAAGAUCGUCAACAGGUUCCGAGUGGGCCUGGGGGAGGAAGCGGCCGGGGCGCAGGGCGGCGAGUCCGACGUCGUGCGAGAGGUGAUGGAAGAAGAAUGGAAGCGGCUGUUACAAGAAGACAGCGUCACUCCCUCCAACUCUCCCGUCUCCGCCGGCGCAGAAGACGACUUGGACUCCAUCUUGGCUCUCAUGGAGGACAUCAAACAAGAACUGCUGAAGGAGGAGCACUCCAUCCUGGCACAGCUGGACGCGGAGAUGCGGUACGAGGAGGAAGCCAUGUUGGCCACCGUGGACCAUCACCAUGGUAACGACGGUGUCACGUGUCCGGUGUGCAUGAGCAACCCCCUGCUGCAGAACAAGAACGUCAUCUUCUGUCAGUGUGGCGUGAGGAUCAACACGGAACAGGACUGUAUCGGACUGCAGCACGUCAAACAGCGACUGACGGACUGUGUGACGGAACACGCGGAGAGCUGCGCAGCACAGCCGGGGUUCACGGUAGCCGACCAGUGCGGAAUUCAGAACUUGGUGAUGGCCUGUGCCGCUUGUGAUGCCUUACAGAUUGUGAUCUGAAUCCAUCAGUACCACACUGUAUCAGAAAGACUCAUGUUGCCAUAGAUUCAGCUUACAGAUGGUAUAGCUCAUUUCUGAUUAUAAGAAACUGUAUAUUAUACAA